AUGUCACAGGAAAUCAUCCACGCGUAUCGCCAUCUCCUUCGAACAUCGCUUCAAGCAAUCCGCUACGCAAAACCCGCCCGCUUCACCCUGCAAUCCCAUCUCCGCUCCUCGUUCCGCAAUCCCACAUCCGCCUUCAACUCGCAACAAAUAUCUCAGACCCUAGAAUUCCUGAAUAAUGCCGCAAAGUACAAAGGCCUCGAAGACAAGAUAGUGAGGAAUCUGUUGCACGUCUGGGGCUGUAAAGAUAAGGGUGUGCCGAGUUCGUUGAGGCGUGAUAAGAACGCUAUGAGCCUGAGAGAUGCUGCCUAUGAUGGCUUUGACGAGAACGUGAGAAUGCUGGAACGCUCCUUGGGUAUACGACUUAAAUGA